AUGGCGGCGCCGCUACUCUCCCUCUCCGAGGGAGAAGGCGCCCGAGCGCGCCGGCGGGAACAAGUCCGUGCCUGGGCCGAGGCCGAGGCGGCCGCCGCCGCCGCUACUCUUCUCCCGACCCCGCCUCCCGCCGAUUCCGCGCCUUCACCCGCUCCCGCUGGGUUGCCGGCGUCCGCGGACGAGGCGCUGUCUCUCGCGGCGCCAGGGAUGGGCUCCGGCGGCCGCCCGCGCGCGGUCCGUUUCGACGCGGCCGCUGAGUUCUUGGCCUGCUGCGCCGGCGCCGAGCUAGAAGCGGCGCGGGAGAUGCUCCGGGCCGAUCCGGCCGCCGUGAACGGCACCAACGCGGACGGCAUCAGCGCUCUCCACCAGGCCUGCAUUGAUGAAAACAUGGAAGUGGUUGAAUUUCUGGUGGAAAAUGGAGCUGAUAUAAACCAGGCAGACAACGAAGGCUGGACUCCGCUGCAUGUCGCUGCCUCCUGUGGCUACAUUGAGAUUGCACAAUACCUCUUGGACCACGGUGCCAACAUUGCUGCGGUGAAUAGUGAUGGGGACGUGCCACUGGACAUUGCUGAGGCUGACAACAUGGAGGCCUUGCUGCGAGCAGAAAUUGAGAAACGAGGGGUAGAUGUAGAGGUAGCCAAGCGAGAGGAAGAAGAGAUGAUGCUUCGCGAUGCUCACCAUUGGCUGAAUGCUGGCAAAAUAUAUGACGAGCCUCACCCCAAAACCGGGGCCACUGCCCUCCAUGUGGCCGCUGCUAAAGGCUACGUCGAGGUCAUGAGGCUGCUCUUGCAGGCUGGCUAUGACACCAAUGUGCAGGACAAAGAUGGCUGGGCACCCCUACAUGCAGCAGCUCACUGGGGAGUGGAAGAGGCCUGCCGGCUUUUGGCUGAGCAUUUCUGCGACAUGGAGGCUCUCAACAAUGUGGGCCAGCGUCCCUGCGAUCUUGCAGAUGAAGAUACUUUGUCGCUGCUGGAAGAGCUGCAGCAUAAACAAAAUGAUUUGCGCAGCAAAAAGGAAGCCCAUCGGCAGGCUGUGAUUGACACCAGUUUGGAACAGCCCCCCUCGUACACAAGCAAACAUCGAAGGAGCUCCGUGUGUCGCAUGAGCAGCAAAGAAAAGAUCUCGGUCCAAGACCAGUCAAAGGAGCGGAAGACCUUGGGUACCAUUGCUGUGGGCGAAGAGGAGACCAGUUCGGCUUCGGAGGGGGAUGAAAUACCAGAGUCCAAUGAAGUGAAGGCUGUUCCCCCAACAGACAGCAGUGCAGUGAACGGCGUGUCUGUGACUCCCGUUAGGCCUCUGUCCCCAUGUCCUCUUGGCCCAAAGUUCUCUGGAGGUCCCAACCGCAUCACAGAGCCAGGGAGUUUGCCAGAUCCGGCCACAUGGAGACAGAGUCUGCGCAAAACAAGCAGCUUUGGAGUAUUGCAGGAUGCCAAGCUGGACGAAGGAGUCCACAAGGGGGGCAGCGGCAUCAAGCGCUCGGCAUCCAGUCCCCGGCUUGAUACAGAAGAGAAGCAAGACAUCCAGGAGCUCUUGAAGAAGUGGAGCAAGAAUCCCAUUGGCCCAUGGUUAGCCAAUAGGAACACAGCUUCUGAGCCACCUGGUGACCCGAACAAAGAGCCACGCCUGGCACGAGUAAUCCCAACCCCCACUCGCCGGAUAUUUGCCCUCCCAGACACAGAACCCCACCGGGAUCCCCGACGCGCAAACUUAGAAGGUGGCCUUCAGAGGAAGAUAGAUACAGCCCCUGCCCCACACCAGCCCCUCUCUUCCACUACCAUCAGCUCUAGCAUGGAUCCCUGGGACCGCCGAAGGUCAUACCAGACGCCCGUGCGAGAUGAAGAAUCUGAAUCCCAAAGAAAAGCCCGUUCUAGGCUCAUGAGACAAUCCAGGCGUUCCACACAGGGAGUGACCCUUACGGACCUCAAGGAGGCUGAGAAGACCAUGGGCUGGACCGGCGAUUCCAAAACUCCUUCAGAACAAAGGAACAAGGAGGAUGAAAAACGGGACAAAGAAGGGGAACAGCAGUCUCAGGAGACCACGGACUCUGCUAGGCGCUUCCGGCUCCCCAGUUCAGACAGUUCUUCAGUUUAUACUGUGAAUCCGCUAGUGGUGAAUUCGCAGCUCCAGAAAGGAACGGAAGUCGAUAAGGCUGGCUCUGAGCUGGAUACAGACCUUCGGAACAGACUGGCUAUCCGAGACCGCAGGAAAGGCCGGCGAGAGAGGCGCAUCACUGCUCUGGGAGGAAACUCAGAGGGGGAGGAAGAUGAAGACACUGAACAAAUCCACAAUGAAGAUCCAUCUGUACAUAGCAGCGAUCACUUAAACAGCCUUCUGCCAAAACGGACUGCACCUUCGGGCUGCCAAAGAGGGAGCAGCGCACCUUCGGGCUGCAGAGAAGAACCGGACAAUUAUUACAAGAAACUGUAUGAAGAUCUCUUGAUUGAGAAUGAAAAGCUGAAGGAACAGUUGCAGGAGGCGCAGCUCCAACUCACGCAGAUUAAGCUGGAGCUGGAAAGAGUGACCCAGAGGCAGGAGCGCUUUGCUGAACGACCGGCUCUUCUAGAACUAGAGAGAUUUGAGCGUCGAGCUUUGGAAAGGAAAGCUGCUGAGCUGGAGGAAGAAUUGAAGGCUCUUUCAGAUUUGAAGGCCGACAACCAGCGUCUUAAAGACGAAAACGCCGCUCUUAUUCGUGUGAUCAGCAAGCUCUCCAAGUGACCACCAGCUGCUGUCACUGUCCCCCGGUUUCUGUGUGAAG